AUGACGGAGAUCGUGGUCCUGAGCCACAUCACUCCUCUUGGGCUUAUCGAGGAGAAACAUCUCGGUAGCUGCGGUAAGCUGCUACCAGGUUUCGAGGCUGAGUUGAGAGACGGAAGUGGAUGCAUCAUCAAUGGUCCCAAUUGUCCAGGCGAGCUAUUUCUAAAAUCGCCUACAGUCAUGCGUGGUUACCAUAAUUCGGACGAAGAUCCGGAUACACUUCGAGACAUACUGUAUUUCGAUGAGGACGAUUUCUACUAUGUUGUCGAUCGAGUGAAAGACCUCAUAAAAGUGAAUGGUGUACAAGUGUCUCCCUCUGAAUUGGAGGACAUAAUUCUGACGGAGCCGUGCGUUCGAGAGGUGGGAGUGAUUGGCAUUCCACAUCCCCAGAGCGGUCAGGUACCCAAGGCAUUCGUAGUGCUCGAAGAAGGCACAGAUCACGUAGUUGCAAAAAAGAGCAUCAUCGAUCUUGUCAAA